AUGAGAGGUCUCAAUGGAGCUAUAUCCGUCGCAAGAGCGCUAAAAGCCAACUCCACCGCCGUAACCCCUCUCCUCCGACCACCGCGAGCAGCUCAAUAUCUCACAACAUGCUGGACUUCUUCCAACCCUCGAAAUCUCAUUGAUCACUCCGGCCUAUCAACUGCCCUAGCUAUUCGAAGUAACGCCGUAGGGUUCAGGUAUUACGGUUCUCCUACUGCCACGUCUCUUGCGCAGCAAGAUCUCAAAGCAACAGGCUCAGAACAAAAUCACUUCAAUCCCAAAGAAGUUGUUCUCUUUCAGUAUGAAGCUUGUCCCUUCUGCAACAAGGUUAAAGCUUUUCUAGAUUAUUAUGAUAUUAAGUACAAAGUGGUGGAAGUUAAUCCAAUGAACAAGAAAGAAAUUAAAUGGUCUGAUUACAAAAAAGUGCCUAUUGUCACUGUUGAUGGUGAACAAUUGGUUGAUUCUUCAGACAUAAUUGAUAAAUUGGUCAAAAGGAUACAUCCAGAUUAUGACCUAAAUGCCGAUGAAGAGAAGAAGUGGCGCGGGUGGGUGGAUAAUCACUUAGUGCAUGUUUUGUCGCCAAACAUAUAUCGGACUGUUUCAGAAGCUCUUGAAUCAUUUGAUUAUAUCACCACUAAAGGCAAUUUCAGUUUAUAUGAGAGGUUAGUGGCAAAGUAUGGUGGGGCUGCUGCUAUGUAUUUCGUGUCAAAGAAAUUGAAGAAGAAACACAAUAUCACUGAUGAGCGUGAAGCGUUGUAUGGAGCUGCUGAACAAUGGGUUGAUGCUUUAAAGGGCCGAAAGUUUCUUGGUGAUUUGGAACCUAAUUUAGCAGAUCUUGCAGUCUUUGGUGUUCUAAGACCCAUCCGCCACCUCAAGUCGGGUCGAGAUAUGGUAGAGCACACAAGGAUUGGAAAAUGGUUUUCUGAGAUGGAACAUGCAGUAGGACAGGCUUCCUGA